AUGACACAGAAUUCAUUUGUUCGUCUUAAUGGAAUAUCUAAUCAUAUAUGGCAUUUGUUGCUUAAUCGUCCAUCAUAUCAUAAUGCUUUUAAUACAGAAUUAGCACAUGAAUUGAUUGCUCAUUGUGAUCGUAUUCAUACAUCGAAUGAUAAUCGAACAGUUGUAAUUAUUUCUGGUCAAGGUCAAUCAUUUUGUUCAGGUGCUGAUCUUAAAGAACGUCAAUCAAUAAAAAAUUCCAAACAAUGGAUGCAACAGCAUCAUGUAUUCGAACGUAUGUUCAAUUCGUUAGCACAAUUAAAACAACCAACAAUUGCUUGCGUCGAAGGAUUUGCUUUAGCUGGUGGUUUUGAAUUAGCUCUUAAUUGUGAUAUGAUUAUUGCAUCUCGUUCAGCAUUAUUUGGAUUACCUGAAGUGACUCGUGGUAUUAUGCCUGGUGGUGGUGGAACUCAAUUACUUGCUCGUCUUGUUGGUCCAGCUCGAGCCAAACAUAUUGCUAUUACUGGUCAACGAUUAACUGCUCAAGAAGCUUAUGAUAUGGGUAUUGUACAAAAAUUAACCAAUGAAAAUGAAGCAUUAAAUAAAGGAAUUGAAUUAGCAACGAUCAUUUCUGCUAAUGCUCCAUUGGCUACACGAGCAAUAAAACAAGCUAUUGAUGAAGGAUGGGGUAAAUCGACUGAUGAAGCUAAAGCAAUUGAAUUGAAACAUUAUGAACAAUUAAUUGAUACAGAAGAUCGUCAUGAGGGUAUUCGAGCAUUCAAUGAGAAAAGAAAACCACAAUGGAAAGGAAAUUAA